GGAAGUCACACGUCAAUAAUCUCUACAGCAAAUGGCACAGAUAUAAUCAUCUCUCAAAUACUCAUAUUUGCGCAAUUUAGUCAGUUCAGUCGCCUCCAAUGUUACACUGCCUUUUAAUAAAAUACCCCUGAGAUGAGAGGCUGCCAAAUUGUCUACGCACGUCCCCCCCCCCCCACAAGGGUUCUGCCUCUCUCCUCUAAUGAUAAAAUUAUUUUUUUCUUUAAAAAUCAACUACGUAAUUAAAAACAAAAAAAUAAUAUGCCUACCCGAAACAUUUCAUCAACUUUUAAUCGAAGUUAAUAAACAGAGCCCGACAGCGAUAAAUCGGAUAAAAAAUUACAAAAUCAGUGACGUACCAUUGUAUCGAGUAUCAGAGGUUUUAGUACGUGAGAAUCGUCAUCUCAGGUCCACAGCUUUAUCGUGUCUCAAAGUGAGAUUGUUUAUUACAGAGACCACGCGGUGCGCGUCCACAUUUCGUAUUGAGAUUAUAUCGCGUACACCCGACUAGCACUGACCAUCCAUAGUACUGCUCGUUACGUUCGUAGAACUUUAAUAUAUCGUAUUGACUGCACGCCUGUGAUAAGAAAUUGUGCCAACUUCUAGUGUAAUAUUUACACUGAAUUAAUAACCGCAGUGCCAUUUUUGUGUAAAUUUGUGAUUAAAAAUUUCAAAGAUGAACGGUGCGGGUUCCGAGUACAACAUGUCAAUCGUGAACUCCUACAAAAGGUUUAUGGAGAGGAACAGUGAUCCUCGGACAGAGAACUGGUGGCUGAUGUCAGGGCCAGGUCCUCUCCUAACGCUACUUGCCACGUACCUUUACUUUUGCACUUCUGUGGGUCCACGGUACAUGAGAGACAGGAAACCGUACUCGUUGAAGCAGCCUAUCAUAGUUUACAAUGUGAUCCAAAUAUUUAUGAGCAUGUUUUUGGUUUAUGAGGGCCUAGCCGCCGGCUGGUGGAACGAUUACAAUUUUAGUUGUCAACCAGUGGACUACUCAUAUAACCCUAAGGCAUUCAGGAUGGCGGGAGCAGUCUGGUGGUACUUCUUCGCGAAGAUCAUCGAGUUGCUUGACACUAUAUUCUUCGUACUCAGGAAGAAGAAUAAACAAGUAUCAUUCCUGCAUCUUUACCAUCACACAAUGAUGCCAAUUUGCGCUUGGAUUGGCGUCAAAUUCCUACCAGGUGGUCACGGGACUCUCUUGGGCGUGAUCAACUCCUUCAUCCACGUGGUCAUGUACACUUACUAUCUGAUCUCAGGCCUUGGUCCACAGUAUCAAAAAUAUCUGUGGUGGAAAAAACACCUUACCAGCAUGCAGCUUGUCCAGUUCGUCAUCGUGUUCUAUCACAACUUCAGUGUGAUGUUCUGUGACUGCAACUACCCUAAGUUCAUCAACUUUUUACUGGCCCUCAACGCCGCACUCUUCUUGUACAUGUUUGGUAAUUUCUAUUACCGAAGCUAUGUCAUGAUUGAGACCAACAACAACAAUGGAGUAGAAAAAAAUGAAAUCAAAUCGAGUCAAACUAUUGUUAAUGGUAAAGCGAAGGAAUGCUAGCGACUUCAACUUAAACGCUCAAUUAAUUUAACUUAGUUUUAAUGUGAUGUUAAAUAGUAAAUUACGAUUAGACUUUAGGGUAAUAUUAAUAUAAGUAGGAAUAAAGUACAACUUAAAUGUGACUAGUUUUCCGCUAGUUCAUUUAAAUCUACAUUAUUAUUACUUUAUAUGACAGUAAAAUUUAUGAUGGUGACAUAAGAAAUAUGAUGUAUGCUAAUAUUGUUAUAUUUACUGCAGUUAAAUGUAACUUAUUUUAGUAGUGAAGAGUCAUGUUCCACCGAAAGUAAAUUUGCAAAAAACGUACUUAUUAAAAUUAAUUAAAGUUAAGUCUGGUACAAUUUUAUUUAAGCUAGACCGUUAAAUUAAUCCGUAUAUACAUAAUUACAUUUAAAUAUACCUAAAGGAAAUUUUGUUACAUGUAAAUGUUCACAAUGUAUCAAAUAACUAUAAUUUUGACUUCUACCUAGGUAUAAUUUACAGACUCACUCCUGUACAUACAAAUUUGUGAAUUUUUCAAUGUGAUAUUUUACUUAUUUUACGAUAAGGAAAACGAAAUUAAACAUUUUAUGUAUAUUUUGUAUAUAUGUAAACGUUUAAUGAAAAUAUCGCUAAAGAGACUGUUUUUAAAAACAUAUCAUGAAAUCCGGAACAAACAUGUUUAUUUGACAAUAAACUCGAAAUGGUUUUUUAACAAAAAUAUAAUCGAUUGUAAAUAAAGGUUAUUAAAAAUAAAAAUAUGUUAAUGU